AUGAACCACCAGCAGCCGAGACAGGCAACGAAAAUGUCUGCCUCUCCGCCGCCGGUAUCCGGGGAAGGGCAUUUGGCGAGCCGGCAGAGGAAGUUGGAGUCCAUGAUCCGGGACCCCAGAUCUCCGGUCAAUGUGGAAAGUUUGUUGAUGGGAACUACAUCCAGUGGUGGGUUGCUACCGGUUCGGUCCAGAUCUUGCGAACCAGUAGUAACAGUGGUGGGAGGCUCCGCCCACCCGUCUGGACAUCAUCACGGACGCUCUGCGCAUGCGCAGAAGUGCCACAUGCAAGCAAAGCAAACGCGCACAUGCACGCACUCCUGUUGUGAACUGGUAGCAAAGGAUGGUUUAAAGUCCUUAGUCCUUGAUCUGGAUUAUCCAGCACUGAGGAAGAACAAAAACAUAGAUAAUUUCCUUAACAGAUAUGAAAAAAUUGUACAAAAAAUUCGUGAUCUUCAAAUGAAAGUGGAAGAUUAUGAUGUUGUUAAAGUGAUUGGAAGAGGUGCAUUUGGUGUGGUACAGCUGGUUCGCCAUAAAAUAACACAGAAAGCGUAUGCCAUGAAGCUGCUAAGUAAAUUUGAGAUGUUAAAAAGGUCAGAUUCAGCUUUCUUCUGGGAAGAGAGAGAUAUAAUGGCCUUUGCCAAUAGUCCAUGGGUAGUUCAGCUUUUUAGUGCCUUUCAAGAUGACCGAUACCUAUACAUGGUAAUGGAAUACAUGCCAGGUGGUGAUCUUGUCAACCUCAUGAGCAAUUAUGAUGUGCCUGAGAAGUGGGCCAAAUUUUACACAGCUGAAGUGGUCCUUGCUCUCGAUGCAAUUCAUUCCAUGGGCUUGAUACACAGAGAUGUGAAACCUGAUAAUAUGCUUUUGGAUAAAUACGGACAUCUGAAGCUGGCAGAUUUUGGUACUUGUAUGAAAAUGGAUGAUACUGGCAUGGUGCGUUGUGAUACAGCUGUUGGAACACCAGAUUAUAUAUCACCUGAAGUAUUAAAAUCACAAGGGGGUGAUGGAUACUAUGGACGGGAAUGUGAUUGGUGGUCUGUCGGAGUUUUUCUGUUUGAAAUGCUUGUUGGAGAUACUCCGUUUUAUGCUGAUUCGUUGGUGGGAACAUACAGUAAAAUAAUGGAUCACAAGAACUCAUUGCAUUUCCCAGAAGAUGUAGAAAUUUCAAAGCAGGCAAAGGACCUUAUCUGUGCUUUUUUAACAGACAGGGAUGUGCGGCUAGGGAGGAGUGGAGUUGAAGAAAUUAAAUCUCAUCUAUUCUUUAAGAAUGAUCAAUGGGAUUGGAAUAACAUUCGAGACACUGCUGCACCAGUUGUACCCGAAUUGAGUAGUGAUAUAGAUAGCAGCAAUUUUGAUGAUAUUGAAGAUGACAAAGGAGAUGUUGAAACUUUUCCAGUCCCGAAAGCAUUUGUUGGAAACCAACUGCCUUUCAUUGGAUUUACUUACUUUAGAGAGAAUCUGUUGCUAAGUGACUUUCCUGAGCUCGGUAAGAAAGUUGAACCCUGUAAGAACAAUGGGACAAAGAAAAACGAAUUUAGGAAAAAUGAGGAUGGUGAAGAGCUUAUACAAUUUCAGGAAAAAAUAAACAAAUUAGAAGAUCAGCUCCGUAAUGAAAUACAAACCAAAGAUGACCUCGAGCAAAAAUACAGAGCUAUUAACAAUCGUCUAGAGAAAAUAAUGAAGGAAUUGGAUGAGGAGACAUCUUCAAGGAAACAUCUAGAAUCUUCUUUCAGACAGCUGGAAAGGGAAAAGGCUCUUCUUCAGCAUAAGAAUGCAGAAUACCAGCGGAAGGCAGAACACGAAGCAGAUAGAAAACGCAAUCUAGAAAACGAUGUGAACAGUUUAAAGGAUCAACUUGAGGAUAUGAAAAAGAGGAAUCAAAACUCCCAAAUAUCAAAUGAAAAAAUUACUCAGCUACAAAGACAGCUGGAUGAAGCCAAUGCCUUGCUGCGCACGGAGUCUGAUACAGCAGCCAGGUUGAGAAAGAACCAAACAGAAAGUACAAAGCAAAUUCAGCAGCUAGAAGCUAACAACAGAGAUCUGCAGGAUAAAAACUGUGCCUUAGAGAAUACAAAGCUCCGACUGGAGAAGGAAUUUCUGAAUCUGCAGUCAGCUCUAGAAUCUGAAAGAAGAGAUCGGAAUAAUGGAUCAGAAAUUAUCCAUGAUCUACAGGGUCGAGUGCUUAAUUUGGAAGAAGAAGUAAAAAAUGGGAAGAAUACAAUAGCUAAAAUGGAGGCAGAGAAAAGACAAUUACAGGACAAAUUGACGGAUCUGGAAAAGGAGAAGAGCAACAUGGAAAUAGAUAUGACUUACAAGCUUAAAGUCAUGCAACAAAAUUUGGAGCAAGAAGAGGUUGAACAUAAAGGAACAAAAGCCCGACUAGCAGACAAAAACAAAAUAUAUAAAUCGAUUGAGGAAGCUAAGUCUGAAGCUAUGAAAGAAAUGGAAAAGAAACUUUCAGAAGAAAGAACUACAAAGCAAAAAGUAGAAAACUGUUUACUGGAGGUUGAAAAGCAGUGUUCUAUGUUAGACUGCGAUCUGAAGCAAUCCCAGCAGAAAAUAAAUGAGCUGCUUAAACAGAAAGAUAAACUAAAUGAAGAUGUAGAAAAUCUGACACUGAAAAUUGAACAAGAAACGCAAAAGCGCUGCCUCAUCCAAAAUGAUUUCAAAAUGCAAAGCCAGCAGUUGAAUGCACUGAGGGUGUCAGAGAAGCAGAUAAAACAAGAGAAUAACCAUCUUAUUGAAAUUAAACUAAGCCUAGAAAAGCAAAAUAACGAGCUACGCAAAGAGCGUCAAGAUGCAGAUGGGCAGAUGAAAGAAAUUCAAGACCAACUUGAAGCAGAACAAUAUUUUUCGACACUGUAUAAAACACAAGUUCGGGAACUUAAAGAAGAAUGUGAAGAAAAGGCCAAACUUUGUAAAGAAAUACAGCAAAAGAUACAAGAGUUACAAGAAGAGAGGGAUUCCUUGGCAGCACAACUGGAGAUCACAUUAACAAAAGCAGACUCUGAACAGUUAGCUCGCUCUAUUGCUGAGGAACAGUAUUCUGACCUGGAAAAAGAGAAGAUCAUGAAAGAACUGGAGAUCAAAGAAAUGAUGGCAAGGCACAAACAGGAGCUUGCUGAAAAAGAUGCCACGAUAGGAUCAUUGGAAGAAGCAAAUAGAACUUUGACUAGUGAUGUGGCAAACCUUGCAAAUGAGAAGGAAGAGCUGAAUAACAAACUGAAGGAAAUUCAAGAAAGGCUUGCCCAUCUGAAUGAAGAAGAAAAUGAUCUUGGAUUGCUAAGGACUCAGUUUGAAAAACAGCUGGCUUAUGAGAGAACAAUGAAAACUCAGGCUGUGAAUAAGUUAGCAGAAGUUAUGAAUCGAAAAAAUCCCAUCCAACGAGGAGCUGACACAGAUGUCCGAAGAAAAGAAAAGGAGAACAGGAAACUGCAUAUGGAGUUGAAAACUGAACGGGAGAAAUUAACUCAGAUGAUGAUUAAAUAUCAGAAAGAAAUCAAUGAAAUGCAAGCUCAAAUAGCAGAAGAGAGCCAGAUACGAAUUGAACUACAAAUGGCUCUGGACAGCAAAGAUAGCGACAUAGAACAACUUCGGUGUCAACUCCAAACAAUACAUAUUGGCCUAGACAACAGCAGCAUAUGUGGCCCUAGUGAAGUAGAAACGGAUGAUAGUUUCCCUGAGUCACGACUUGAAGGAUGGCUAUCAUUGCCUGCUAGAAACAACACGAAGAAAUUUGGUUGGGUAAAAAGGUAUAUAAUAGUCAGCAGCAAGAAGAUACUAUUCUAUCAUAAUGAACAAGAUAAGGAACAAUCCAAUCCAUACAUGGUACUGGACAUAGACAAACUGUUCCAUGUUCGACCUGUCACACAAACGGAUGUGUACAGAGCAGAUUCUAAAGAUAUUCCCAGGAUUUUCCAGAUCCUGUACGAUAAUGAAGGAGAAAGUAAAAAAGAACAAGAGUUUCCUGUAGAAUCAUCAGGGGAAAAAUCAAAUUAUAUUUGCCACAAGGGACAUGAGUUUAUACCUACCCUUUAUCAUUUUCCAACCAACUGUGAAGCUUGCAUGAAGCCUUUGUGGAACAUGUUCAAACCUCCUCCUGCUCUUGAAUGUCGCCGUUGCCAUAUCAAAUGCCAUAAAGAUCACAUGGAUAAAAAAGAAGAAAUAAUAGCACCUUGCAAAGUGAAUUAUGAUAUUUCAACUGCAAAGAAUCUAUUACUGUUAGCUAAUUCUACAGAGGAACAGCAAAAAUGGGUGAACCGCCUAGGAAAAAAAAUUCCCAAAAAGCCUCCAGCACCAGAUCCUUUUGCACGAUCUUCACCCAGAACUUCCAUGAAGGUCCAGCCGAGCCAGUCUCUCAGGCGGCCAAGCAAACAGCUUCCACCAAAUAAAAAAGAAAGCUUUCCCCCAAGAUUGAUUGAUAUGGCAUGUAGAGACUGGGAUUGGUCAUUUGGUGAUAUUGAUUUUGAUGUUGAUUUUAAUAUUGAUGAUGCUGAGGACGAUCUUGAUGAUAGCGAUGAUGAUAACAAUGUGUUUAUUCUAAAGAGCUAACUGCCUUCUGGGAAUGCAGUUUUCAAGGUGUUCUUCAUCCCUCUGAAAUAAGACUGAAACAUCGUACCUUGAGUUAUGACUGCCGUUGACACCAAGGCAGCCCAAGACUCAUGGGAAGCAGAAGGAGGCCCAGGAAAGGAAGUGGAGGAUAUGCCGCAGGGGGGAGGCCCGGCACAGGAGUCAGGUGGGUAGGGGGCAGGUGUGGAGUGCAUGUGAUUAGAGGAAGGCCGUGAAAAGAGGUGCAGGCUGCAUGCAAUCACAGGGAGGCCAAGGAAAGGUGCACUCUGCACCCAUUUUCUAAGCCCCCCCUGAGCUUGUACAUGUGCACACACAUACACAAGCUCCCUGUGCCCUGUUUCCAUGGCCUCCUUCCCUGUGAUUGCAUAUACCUUGCCUUCAUUCCCUGGCCUUCUGAAAUUGCACCACACAAAGCACCCCAUCCCCAACUCACAUGUGGCCUACUCCGGGUUACCCAGGGCUCCCCCACUUCCCCUCCACAGCACCCCUGCACUCCUUACCUGGGACUCCCUCUGCUUCCCACUUAAUGAUCUGCAAGACUGCGUUUUGGGCUAUUUACUACUAGGGACAACCAGGACUUAGUGAUUAUGGUCACCAAGCAAUCAUGUGGCAUCGUGCUUUAUCACAUCUCACAACCCCGCUCCCAACUGCAGACGUAACUCAAUGACUACUUGCAUUACAAAGAUUCUCCUGUAUCACCAAAUAUGAAGAAAUCCCUUUCACCACUGUUACUGCACUGCACCGCACCUCCCCGUGCCUCCAGCAGUGCCUGAUAUCCCUUUCCUUCUGGAGAUCAAAGCAAGGAAGAGACUUCCAUCAGUUGGAAUGCCCUCUGCACAAGCCGUGGGCCUUGACCUUCUCUGAUCUUCGUGCCCUGCAAGCUUCUGCCCUCAAGGCCUGGAAUGGUAAGAAAAGAAAACCUCAAGAACGCCCAGGAGGAAGACAUCAAGUGUGCUUUGGACAGCGGCCUUGCCUGCCAAGGUCAGUAUAUUCCAUCUGGCCAAACAGGAGCAGCUGCCAGGUCUUUUGUUUCCAAAUACGCUUAAUAAAAAUCAGAGCUUUGGUUUUAUUAUCUGCUCUCUUUUGUUGCUAUAUUGUGCCUGAGCUACUGUGAUGUUUGCUGUCUGUUCUUCACAUGUUUCCCCCCCACCCCCACCCCAGCUCCUCUCCCUGCCUUCACCUGUCCCUUUUGCCGGCUUCUCUCAUACGAGAAAGAUAUAAAUCUGGCUUCCGUGAAAAACCUAGAAGUCGUGGCUUACUCUUUUCUCCAACGUGUCUCCAUCACCAUCUUUGUGUGUAAAAACCAGCUUCUUCGGGUGAACGACACUCCUAGUCUGCAGCCAAAACAACAAAAUGUCUCCAGAGCAAGAACGUCUCACUCACAGACCUCUUGAAAUAAAAAUAUAUUUAAACAUUGGGGGUGGGGGGGGGAGAGAUUCUCUUGAAGCUCUUUCCACAAAGACUCAGCAGGGAUCAAAAUGAUGAGUCGUGAAGAAUCCAUCUUUGUUCAGCUUCUGGAGAGAAACGCUACCAGCAACUUUGCCAAAAGAAAGCCAUGAGUGGCAGGGUCAUAUCAGAUUGAUGAAGACUGCAUUUUAAAAAGUGACCAUUAUACUGUGUGUUGUAUGUAUUUUGGUGUUUAAAAUAAACACAUUGUAUUGUAAUGCUGCAAAAGUGUUUUUUUAAUUUUUUUUUCAUUUUAUUUUUAUACAUUUAUUCAUAUUCCAUUACUACAGUUUGCAACUAUGCACUUGUAUAAAGCCAUAAGGUUGACAUUUAUAUCAUUCAUACUUGUUUAUUCAGCAUGUCUGCACUCAGCAGUUAAAUAUAAUGAAAA